AUGGAGGAUGUCGAUGCACCGCCACCUGCUUCGUCUGCUACACAGCUUGGGACUGAGUGCCAGCCUGCCCCAAUUUCCAAAUCGGAGAGCAAGGACAAGGAUAUACCAUUUGAAGCCCAAGAUCAAGAUGAGGUUCCUACAACGUCCGCUGAUACGAAGAAGUCCCAGGGCUUUGCAUGGUAUGCUCCGUGGUCCCGGUACCAAGCGCCCUCUUCGGUGGUGCCGUCAGAUGGCGAUGCUGGUGUAAAGUCAGCUUGCCAGCAAUCAAUUGAUCAGAAACCCGAGCCGACUUACCAGGAACCGUCCGUUCCUUCAAUAGAGGGCCCGGAUGCCAACGUUCCCGCCACCGGAUCUAUCAAUCCUAUCCAGUCAUCGAUAUCCCAAAAUCGAACAGGCUGGAUGUCUUUCUUCUCUACUCGGGCUGUGGCAAUGAACAGUAUCACGUAUGAGAAAGAAGGAGAAAUGGAAGUGAUGGAUAUCGAUGAGGAUGCCAGCGCCGCCGAAGGUACUGGCAGUUCUUCAUUACCGAGCUUGGCGGGCACCCAGGGACCAUCGAUUAAGGAGACAAAACCGUCCCAGCUCGCUUCGGCAUCUGGCCGAGGAUCUCCCGUUGCUGUUGAUGUGAGGCAGCAACAGAAAGUAACCACCCAAACCACCUCAGAGGCAGGUUUCCGUGAAGUUGUGGUACGACAGUCGUCUCCUUCGCCUUCCAAGAAAUCCAUUGUAAAGACACCCGUGACACCACCUCCGCCCAACGUAGUUCUACCCACUUGGGAGGAUAUCUUUCACGCUCCGCCUAGAUCUAUUAUCCCAGAAGCGCCUUCAUCUACCCUGGCGAAGGCGCUCAAGUCUGUCACGGAGGUUUUAUUUUCCCGAAGUGAGGCUCCCGCGGAGAAAGGGAAAGGGAAAGGACGGGAAGAUCAUUGUUCCCCGUAUGAGAGGGCUCUUCCACGCGCAUGGAACGUUCUCGGCGAUAAUAGCACGGACGUCUUGAGGGGUUGCCGACGGGUAGUUGUCAUCGGCGUCCAUGGAUGGUUCCCGGGUGCUGUGGCGCGGACUUUCAUUGGAGAGCCAACAGGCACUAGCUCCAAGUUGGUCAAUAGAGUCGUGCAAACACUAGACGAGUUCCAGGAAAAGCACAAUGUGAAAUUAACAAAGAUUACGAAGAUUCCCCUGGAGGGCGAGGGAACAAUUAAUCGCCGCGUUGAGAAAUUGUAUCAGAACCUGAUCUCGAACGACGAAUGGAUGGAUGCUCUUCGUGAAGCAGACGCUAUAUUUGUCGCGACACAUUCUCAGGGGUCCAUAGUAUCUACCCACAUCCUGGACCGCCUUAUUGCUGACCGCCAUAUUCGGACGACGUCAAACAACGGUGUUCUGCCUGGGGAUGUUCCAUUACCUCCGCAGCGUAUCUGUUGUUUGGCCCUGUGUGGCAUUCACUUAGGACCUCUCCGUUACCUGAAUACGAGCUCCUUACUUUCCCCCUACAUCCAAUAUUUUGAAUCCACGGCGGCCCGUGAGCUAUUCGAGUUUCAGAACACGGAAAGUGCGACAUCCAAAGACUACAUGAGGGCAUUGCAAAAUGUCUUGAACAAUGGGAUCAAGAUGGUCUACAUCGCCUCUCUGAAUGAUCAAGUCGUGGGACUGUAUUCUGGGUUGUUCACAUCAGUCUCCCAUCCAUUGAUUCUUCGUGCGCUCUACAUAGACGGAGAUGCAUACCAUUCUUCUGAUUUUCUUUCUAACUUACUCGCGCUGCUCCUUCGCGUUCGGAAUGCUGGCCUGUCGGACAGUGGAUUGCUUACUCAUUUGUCUGAAGCAACUGCAGGCUCGCUGAACGGCAUCGGCCAUUCCACACCGUAUGAAGAGCUUGGUACAUAUACCUUAGCCAUAAACUACUUGUUCCUCGCCAAUAAUGGUCUUGAGGAUCAAGCAGAAUUAACAACAGAAUCAUUUAACGCACUGACAGAACAGAAUGAUUACGAAAUUCCCUGGGCACUCCGCGACUUGAUCGCUGAUGAUAGGGUUGCACGUUUAUUUUCCGAUGAACUGGUUGCUUUACGAGACGCUUUUCGAAAUUGGCAUCCCAAGACGGCCGUCCAAAGAGACCUCAAGCGCAAGCUGCAGCCCAUCCAGCGCCUAUCGGCCUCGAUGAUAUCAGCUCGUGACCAUCCUGUGAGCAAGCUCUGA